CGGGCCGGGCGGAAGAUGGCGAACGUGGGGCUGCGCUUCGCGGCCAGCGCGGGGGACGCCGACCCCGCGGCGCGGCCGCUGCUGCUGCUCGGGCAGCUCCGGCACCUGCAGCGCCUGCCCUGGAGCCGCGUCCGCGGGAAGCUGCAGCCGCGGGUCAGCGAGGAGCUCUGGCAGACGGCCCUCAGCACGCUCAACCCCAACCCCACUGACAGCUGCCCCCUCUACCUGAACUAUGCCACGGUGGCCGCACUGCCUGCCAGGGUCAGCCGUCACAACAGCCCCUCGGCCGCGCACUUCGUCACCAGGCUGGUGCGGACCUGCCUGCCACCUGGGACCCAUCGCUGCAUCCUGAUGGCCUGUGAGCGCUCGGACGCCUUCGCCUCGGCCUGCGCCCUGGCCCGCGCCUUCCCGCUCUUCACCCAGCGCUCGGCCGCGGCCCGCCGGGCGGAGAAGAAGACGGUGACGGUGGAGUUCUUCCUGGUGGGGCCCGACGAGGGCCCCGCGGACGCGGCCACGCUGCAGUGCUUGGUCAGUGCCACGGAGGGGGUGCGGCUGGCCGCCCGCAUCGUGGACACGCCCUGCAGUGAGAUGAACACGGAUGCCUUCCUGGAGGAGAUCAAGAAAGUGGGCCAGGACCUGGGCAUCGCCCCGACCAUCAUCCGAGACGAGGAGCUGAGGGCCCGAGGAUUCGGAGGGAUCUACGGCGUGGGCAAGGCCGCCCUCCACCCACCCGCGCUGGCCGUCCUCAGCCACACCCCGGACGAGGCCACCCAGACCAUCGCCUGGGUGGGCAAAGGGGUCGUGUACGACACGGGCGGGCUCAGCAUCAAAGGGAAGACCACGAUGCCUGGGAUGAAGCGGGACUGCGGGGGCGCGGCGGCCGUGCUGGGCGCCUUCAGGGCCGCCAUCAAGCAGGGCUUCAAAGACAACCUCCACGCCGUGUUCUGCCUGGCCGAGAACUCGGUGGGGCCCAACGCCACACGGCCGGACGACAUCCACCUGCUGUACUCCGGAAAGACCGUGGAGAUCAAUAACACAGACGCCGAGGGCAGGCUGGUGUUGGCCGACGGCGUGUCCUACGCCUGCAAGGACCUGGGCGCGGACAUCAUCCUGGACAUGGCCACGCUGACCGGAGCUCAGGGCAUCGCCACGGGCAAGUACCACGCCGCAGUGCUGACCAACCACGCUGAGUGGGAGGCGGCGUGCGUGAAGGCGGGCCGGCAGUGCGGGGACCUGGUGCACCCGCUCGUCUACUGCCCCGAGCUGCACUUCAGCGAGUUCACGUCCGCCGUGGCCGACAUGAAGAACUCGGUGGCGGACCGGGACAACAGCCCCAGCUCCUGUGCCGGCCUCUUCAUCGCCUCGCACCUGGGCUUCGACUGGCCUGGGGUCUGGGUCCACCUGGACAUCGCGGCGCCUGUCCAUGCCGGCGAGCGGGCCACAGGUUUCGGCGUGGCGCUCCUGCUGGCUCUCUUCGGCCGGGCCUCCGAGGACCCUCUGCUGAACCUGGUGUCCCCCCUGGGCUGUGAGGAGGACGCCGCUGAGGGCGACACCGGGAGGGACUCCAAGCGGCGCCGGCUGGUGUGAGGCUCUUGCCGCUGUCGCCCGCGGGGAGCCAAGUGUCACCCACCCGCCCACGCCCCCGGCGCCCUCGGACCUGCGCUGGGCUCUCGUCUUCCGCCCUGCGGGGCCGGGGCCACCGUACCCAUCUGCUCCCCGCUGGGGCCGUGGCGGGGCCUCGGCGUCUCCCUGCAUGGGGCACCCACGCUCCCGGCCGCCCCCGCUUC